CACCGCUCCCACCCACCCCCUUUCCUAGCCAGCCCCUCCCCCACCCCACCCCACCCCCAGCAAACACCGAGCCCCUGUCCCCAGGGGGGUGAAUGGGGGGGUCAGGUCAGGAGACUGGGGGAGAGAGAGACAUGGGGCGGGAAGGGGGCAUUGGCAGGGAACCCUCCCACCCGCUUUCACCCCAUCUGCACCCCUGAGCCCCCGACCCCCCCAGUCUCCUUCAAUUCCAACCCGGCCCUGGGCUCCCCCUGCCCCCCCAGCGCUGCCAGUGCCCCUCACUCCCAACCUGCAGCUCCCCCCCAACUCCCAAGUUCUGGGGUCACCCUGAUGGAGGUGUUGGGGGGGGCUAAUGGCAGCUCCCCUCCCCUCAGCCCCCACCGCCAUGGCGACCCCGGCCAACGCGCAGAGUGCCAGCAAGACCUGGGAGCUGAGUCUGUAUGAACUGCACCGGACCCCACAGGAGGCCAUCAUGGACAGCACGGAGAUCGCGGUGUCCCCGCGCAGCCUGCACAGCGAGCUGAUGUGCCCCAUCUGCCUGGACAUGCUGAAGAACACUAUGACCACCAAGGAGUGUCUGCACCGCUUCUGCUCCGACUGCAUCGUCACCGCCCUGCGCAGCGGGAACAAGGAGUGCCCCACCUGCCGGAAGAAGCUGGUCUCCAAGCGUUCACUCCGCCCCGACCCCAACUUCGACGCCCUCAUCUCCAAGAUCUACCCGAGCCGGGACGAGUACGAGGCGCACCAGGACCGCGUGCUGGCCAAGCUGAGCCGGCUCCACAACCAGCAGGCGCUCAGCAGCAGCAUCGAGGAGGGGCUCCGCAUGCAGGCCAUGCACAGGGCACAGCGGGUGCGGAAGCUGCACCAGGAGUCCGAUAACACCACGUUCAGCGGGGGGGAGGACAACUGUGACAGCCGCUCCCACCUGAGCAACGCCUCGGCCCCCAGCCACCCCGAGGCCGGCCCCAGCCGCAAGCGCUCACGCGCCUCCGACGACUCGGGGCCCGAGCCCGACCCUGAGACCUCGCACGACGGAGGGGGCUGCGGGACCCCCGAGCCGGGCGCUGAGCCGGGCAGCAGCGAGAUCGAACUUGUCUUCCGCCCCCACCCCGUGCUGGUGGAGAAAGGGGAAUACUCCCAGACCAGGUACGUGAAGACGACGGCUAACGCCACGGUGGACCACCUCUCCAAGUACCUGGCCCUGCGCAUCGCGCUGGAGGAGGCGCCGGCCCCUGGCCCCGAGGCCCCCGGCCUGGAGGACGUGAGCGAGAAGCAGUACACGAUCUACAUCACCACCUCCGGGGGGCCCUUCACGACCCUGAACGGCUCCCUCACCCUGGAGCUGGUGAACGAGAAGUUCUGGAAGGUCACCAAGCCGCUGGAGCUGUACUACGCCCCCACCAAGGAGCAGAAGUAGGGGGACCCCUCUGACCAGGACUGACCCGUCCCCCCAUGGAACUCAGCCCGACGAUCGCCUUGCCGCUGCAGCCAGCAGGGCUGGGACCCAGGCAGGGCCCCCAAAAAGCUGGAAACAUCCCCCCAAGGACGGGGUGCUGCUCCCAGGACAGAUGCCUGCCCCUAAGGGGCUGUGUAGGGGCACCCCUAGAUUCUGCUUUGUCCCCUCUGCACAGGGGUGCCACCUGCUGCUUCCCCCCAUGCUGGGGGUGGGAUUCGCUUUGGGGGCUUUUCAAAGUGGUUCUGCUGUUUGUGGCUCAUUAAGCAAUUUGGGUCUUUGAA